AUGGAUGAAAGACAAGUCAACCAAGCCGACGAUGAAUGGACCAUACUUGAAGCAGCCGCCAGGAGUUAUGGGAGAAGGAUACAUAACGUCAAAAGUGAUGGAAGCUCUUUCUAUCACGCAAUAUCAUAUUGGUUGACGGAAGAUGAGGACAUGAUGAGCGAUCAUUUGAGGGAGAGGAACUGUAAUCUGAUGAUGUCGAAGGCGCUGGAAGAUAGAGCCAUCGGUGAAGUUCUAGAUGAUGAGAUGAUAGAAAAACACCGGACGAAAGCUCAUGGGCAUGCAGAAGCAGAAGAUAGUUGGAUUCGAACUAUGUCUGAGGAGAUAAGAUCGAGUAUCAUGGUUGUUCUAGUCAAUAUGCGAUCCCGCUCAACGUUUCACCAGAUAUUCACCACCAAUCCAAUCAUCCCAGGUGCUUUGCCACCCCUCGUCGUGCUUGGCUUGCUGAUGACUAGCAACCAUUUUGUGGUAUUGGAAAGACAACCUGGGAAAGGAAAUGUUAACUACAGCAUCGAUCCCACUCAAUUCUCCGAUUUCACCUCAUCGCUUCCUCCUCUCACAAUCGCCUCUCACAAUCGCUGA